AUGCCGGUGUUUGUGGUCAACACUAACGUGCCUUGCGCAUUCGUGCCUGACGGGCUGCUCCCUGAGCUUAGCCAGCAGCUGGCACAGGCCACCGGCAGCAAACCCUCCCAGUACAUCGCGGUACACAUGUUCCCAGACCAGCUCAUGGCUUUCGGUGACUCAAGCAACCCGUGGGCAUUCGGCAGCCUGAACAGCAUUGGCAAGAUCGGCGGCACACAGAACCAGAUCUACACCAAGCUGCUGCGCGGUCUGCUUUCCCAGCGGCUGCACAUCAGCCCUGACAGGGUCUACAUCAACUACUAUGAUAGGAACGCAGCCAAUGUGGGCUGGAACAACUCCACCUUUUCCUUAGGGCCACACUUGCCUGUGUUGGGCUGUAGUGGCCCUGCCCUUCAGGUCCCAACCCAGUCCACCUCCGUGUCAGGAGAAAUAAACGGAUGGCAGCAGUGGGGGAAGUGGGCGCCCGCCGGCCACCAGCACAAGAGGGGCCGCGCGGCUGCCGAGCGCCCGUGUGGCGGGGUGGGGGGCGUGCCCCCAACGGCUGCCCGCGCUGAGGGGGCUGUGCCCCCCCGCCGCCCCCCCACACUGGGGGGGCGCACGCCCCGCUGGCCGCCUGCGUAG